UCCUCGUUGGGAAGCCGCUUGGCCUUCCGUGGGCCCCUCUAACCAGGUGGGACGUCGGGGUCGCCCGCAGGGGCUCCGGAAGUGCGAGAUGUCCGGGCGGUUUCGAGAGCCGCGAGGGCCAGACGAGGGCCGGCCUCCUCGGGCUGGGGGAUCCGUGGAGGUGCGGGCCUGGGCCCAGCGGGUGCCUCCCAGUCCCCUCUGUCACCGGACCCCUGUUCUAUGCCCAGGCCCGCCCUCCAGCGAGCCACGGUCGCCUCCUCUAGGAAUCCCCGGGUUGCUCGCCCAGCCCCUCUCGCCCACUCCAAGACCCGGUGCGGAUUUUGGUGGCGGUUCGUGGCCACCCCUCCUGGUGGUGCGGGGGGGCCUCGGGGAUCUUCGUCGCCUGCCGGGCUUGUUGGCAUCCGGCAGCGGAUGGAUCGGGGCGCAACGUAGCCCGCCAUCGGCAGAGGGCGCCGGCUCCCCGCGGGCGGUGCCGAGCCACCGCCGCCCGCUCGGCUCGCCGCGAAGUUCUGGGGGAACUGAGGCACGGGGAAGCAGGGAUCUCAGGAUCGGCGAUCCGCGCAGGGCCCUCAGGGGCCCACGCCGCUUUUCUCCCGGAUCCUCACAAGUGGAAUACGGCGGCAUACGGCCUUUCCAAGGUCCCCUUAGCGGCGGGGAAAAGUCGGUCCCGCGGUCCCAGCCCCUCCCCUCCCCAGCUGGCGCAAGCCGUCAGGGCUGCAAGCGGAGGCCGCUCAGUUGGUGA